AUGAAUUUUGUGACAUUUAACCAAGAUCACAGCCAUCUGGGCGUUGGCACUACAAAUGGCUAUCGCAUCUAUACAACAGACCCCUUCACCAAACAGUCUGAGUCACGCGAGGGCGAUGUAUCCAGCUUGGAAAUGCUGUUCUCGACCUCUCUGGUCGCAUUGACACUCUCACCACGGGUGCUGCGGAUACAGAACACAAAGAGACACUCCACAAUCUGUGAAAUGACCUUUCGUACGGCCAUAUUGGCGAUGCGCUUGAAUCGGAAGCGCCUCGUAGUAGUACUGGAGUCCGAGUUGUACAUAUACGACAUCAGCAACAUGCAGAUGCUGAAGACGGAGAAGACGUCUCCCAACCCAAAUGCUAUCUGCGCUCUUUCGGCAUCCUCUGAGAACAACUACAUCGUAUACCCGCUCCCCACAAAGGCUGCGCCAGCCACGUUUCAACCGCCGUCACACGCACCGCCCAAGUCGGACCAUGUUGCGCCAACCAGUGGCGAGGUCUUGAUAUACGACGCUACGAAGAUGGAAGCGGUAAAUGUCAUCGAGGCACAUAACUCACCGCUUUCUUGCAUCGCACUGAACAAUGACGGCACCUUGCUGGCUACGGCAUCUGAGAAAGGCACCAUCAUUCGUGUCUUCUCGAUACCAGAUGCUCAGAAACUGUAUCAAUUCCGACGAGGUUCGAUACCUGCUCGGAUAUUCAGCAUGUCGUUCAACUCGACCUCGACCUUGCUCUGCGUCUCGUCAGCGACUGAGACAGUGCACAUCUUCCGCCUUGGUGACUCGAAUAAGGGUCGGAGCAACAGUGUGUCCUCGGGCCCAAACACGCCAAUGUCUCCCUCUCGCGAACGUAGUAGCAGCCGUGUCAGCGAAGAAACCACGGACGAGUAUGGUGCAAGCACAGUCGAGAUCGCUGUACCAGAACGAAAACCGAUAAGUCCUACUUUUGCCAGCAUGAUACGGCGAACUUCGCAAAACGUGGGCAAGACCUUCGCGGCUACUGUUGGCGGAUACUUGCCAAGUGCAGUAUCGGAGAUUUGGGAGCCGUCACGCGACUUUGCAUGGGUGAAGAUCCCACGGUCGACUACCAGCACCUCGUCCGGGUCUAUGAGAUCGGUGGUCGCGCUCAGUAAUAACGCGCCUCAAAUCAUGGUCGUCACAAGUGAAGGGAACUUUUAUGUUUUUGAUGUAGAUCUUGAGAAAGGGGGCGAGGGUGUACUGCAUAAGCAAUACUCGCUCCUUGAACCAAACGAGUUGUCCUCGAGCCAUUCACAGGACCUUCCUGAAUAG